UUCCCUUUAUAUGACCUGAAAACUUUACAUCUUCUGAACCCAACUUCCACUUCAUCCCGUCAAACAAGUCUUCUUUCAGGAACUUGCACUGCAAUUUCUCUACUUUUUUUCACCGCUUAUCCCCUUGACUUCCCCUUUUACGCUUUUUUUUUUCCUUUUCAGAAACCUGAUCUAACAGUGUAUCUCUGUGCCGGAGAAACAUGGCGUCUAAUGCUUCUGUCCAAAGCCAGAACUCAAAUUGGACAUUAGAGCAGCACAAGCUGUUUGAAGAUGCUCUUGCAAUAUACGAUAAGGACACACCUGAUCGUUGGAGUAAUAUUGCAAAGGCUGUUGGAAGAACAACUGAGGAGGAAGUGAAGUUACAGUUUGAGAUCCUUGUAAGUGAUAUCAGCGACAUUGAAUCAGACAAAGUCCCACUUCCUAAUUACGAGGAUGAAGGGAUAAUCAGAGAAGAGACCACGACAAUAAACAAUGAACAGAAGAUCAGGAAUACUGCAGAACUAAGGAUGAAGAAGCUCUAAAUGAAAAAUGAAAGAAAGCUGAAGAGAGAGUCAUCUUUAUUUUACCGGAAAAAUUAGAUUUAGAAUCUGUCAGUUUCCCAAAUUUUUUUUUUUCAAUUUUCUUUUGAAUCCCAUAAAUUCUCAUCCUAUGCGUGCAUCAAGGAAGAUAAAUCAAAGUUUCUUUAAUUUAUUGC